UAGAACGGAAGCUCCGGCAAACAAGCAGUUAAGAAAAAGAUGCAGAAUGUGCGUGUGUGAGCUGAUGCUUGCUGCUGCUGAUGAUGAUGAUGCAGCAUUAAAAGUCAAAAAUGUCCACUUCCGUCGGAGGGUAGGAGCUGCUGCUGCUGCUGUCAGCCGCAAAUCGAGCACCUUCCCCGGGCGUCGAGUGGCGAGGAGAGCCGCUGCAGUGGAGAUCCAAGGCGUGAAGAGCCAUGGCGACCACGAUGCUGCAGCCUCCCGUGCCGCUGGCGGUGCUCUCCCGCUGGUACCUGUACGCCAUCCACGGCUACUUCUGCGAGGUCAUGUUCACGGCGGCGUGGGAGUUCGCCGUGAACCGCGACUGGAAGUUCCCGGGCGUGACCAGCGUGUGGGCGCUCUUCAUCUACGGCACGUGCAUCCUGACGGUGGAGCGCAUGUACCUGUACCUGCGCGGGCACUGCCACGUGUUGGUGCGCUGCCUCAUCUACACGCUGUGGACGUACAUGUGGGAGCUGAGCACGGGGCUGCUGCUGCGCCAGUUCCACGCCUGCCCCUGGGACUACUCCGCCUUCCGCUACAACUUCCUGGGCCUGAUCACGGCCGAGUACGCGCUGCCGUGGUUCUGCGCCUCCUUCAUCGUGGAGCGCUUGGUCAUCCGCAACACGCUGCGCCUGCGCUUCCAUCAGGGCGCCGACGACGGCUGGGGCCGGAGCUACCUCAGCGGCUGGUUGUCCGGCAAUAACAGCUUCCUCAAAUGGGAGUAAACUCUUGCAGGGGGCGGGGGAUACUGGGACUCAACUCCACCCCCCUGACUAUUACUGCAUGAAAACAAGGAAAACAUGAACCCUCUUCAGCAUCGUCAUCAUCAUGACCUCUAACUCCUCAUGGAUUACUCAUGGGAUUUUACAUUAGGCUCGAGCGUAGUAACCUCAAAGCCUGAAACUGUUCUGUGUGUGUCCAAAAUAAACUUUACAAACAUUGGUGUUUUGUUGAUAGACCCACGACACCUGCGCAGGGCUCAACGGCAACAUCUGGUCUCCCAGGUGUGCCCCCC